UGUCUGAAAUAACUCAUAGACUGGCAAAAACAACACACAAAACAACCCCUCCAGUGAUCGACACCUUGAAUAUUAGCCAGACGCUCGAUUUUUACUGGACCAACGCGAAAGAUCCGCACUCGAUUAGGCGAAAACUCAUCCUUCAAAAAUACCCUCAGGUCACCAAAUUAUGUGGACAUGAACCACUCACAAAAUACCUUUCGAUGCUUGUUGUCUUGCUUCAGUUCAGCAUUGCCUACUAUCUCAAGGACACCAGUCCCCUGAGCUACAAGUUUUUGGCUCUUGCGUACGUUAUCGGUGGGACUUGCAACCAGAACUGUUUCCUUUGCAUCCACGAGCUAUCUCACAACUUGGGAUUCAAGAAACCACUACAUAACAGGCUCUUUUCCAUAGUGACGAAUCUGCCAAUCGGAAUCCCCUACAGCGCUUCUUUCCAGCCUUACCACCAGCUCCACCAUAAAUUUCUCGGAGAUGAGGUUUAUGACACAGAUAUCCCUACUCGGCUGGAGGCCAUUGUUCUGUCCAAUAUUCUUGGCAAGGCAUUCUUUGCUACAUUCCAAAUUCUCUUCUACGCUUUGAGACCGAUGUUCAUCACCCAGGUGAAAUUCACUCUAGUCCACCUGCUGAAUGUCAUCGUGCAGGUAUUUGUUGAUUUCCUAGUGGUGAAAUACUGGUCUGCAAACUCAUUAUGGUACUUUAUUAUGUCUUCGUUCUUUGCCGGAUCGCUGCACCCAACAGCUGGACACUUCGUGUCGGAGCACUACAUUUUUGACCCACCUAAAAACUACAAAAAAUACGUUGAUGUCCCCCCUCUAGAAACAUAUUCCUACUACGGGCUCCUCAACUUGGUGACCUGGAACGUCGGCUAUCACAACGAGCACCACGACUUCCCCUUUGUUGCGUGGAGUAGGCUCCCGCAGCUGAAAAAAAUAGCCGUCGAGUUUUAUGAGCCGCUUCCUCAUCACAAAUCAUGGACGUGGACAAUCGUGGACUUCAUCUUCAAUUACGACGUGACAAUGUUCAAUAGGGUCAAAAGAGAUACCGCUGGAAUUUCAGAAAGACGCAAAAUUGACUACAACGACAAUUCCAAAUAGCUAUACUCUAUAGAUUUAUAUAUACACAGCCCAGAAAAAACUAUAAAC